AGUGCUGUCUGAGAUACAGGCUCUGUCUGGGAUACAGCCUCUGUAUGGGAUACAGGCUCUGUCUGGGAUACAGCCUUUGUAUGGGAUACAGGCUCUGUAUGGGAUACAGCCUCUGUAUGGGAUACAAUCUCUGUAUGGGAUACAGGCUCUGGGAUACAGCCUGUUAUGGAUGGGGACCUUUGGGGACAAGGAUCUUUGGGGACAGCAGGUGACGAGGGCUGCUUGAGCCAAGAGACCUUUGGGUACCUCGGGGACAGGGUCCUACUGUGACAAGGACCCUCGUUGUGACUGUGCCGGACCCCUUUAUGUGUGUAUGAUCUCUGUACUGAGCACAGCGCUGUACCAGCCCCCAGCCGCGCUCGGGGCGGAGCCGCACGCGCUUCGCUUUGCCGUGUCCCUCGCGGUUCUCCGUCGGACGGGUCACAUGUGCUCACCUGGCCCAGGUGGGGCGGGGUCGGUGCCGCUCCCAGCUCGCAGCUUCUCUUUUGCUUUAUCGAACCCCCAAAAGGAAUCAAUCCCCUGCUGCUGAACAAUGACGAUCUUAGACCCCGGCUAACUCUGCAGACAGCUUCCCAGGUGCCCACCCUGCUGCUCCAGGCAGAUGGUGAGGAUCUGCUCCAUUCAAACCAGGCGCCUGUGCAACAAGAGGGGAAGCUGCCAGCUGCCCUGUGCUUGAGCCAUGCUGGGCCGAAAAGCAGGACCCCCCCCCAACCUGAACAGCCACCGCCAGAAGAACCAGUCCUACCAGCAGGCUGUGCCCCCGAGGAGCCGACCAUCCAAGGAAGCCGAGGUCGGGCUGGAGGUGUUGGGUGGUUUGACUCCUGAAAUCAAACAGAGUCGCACCAGAGUCCAGCAGAUGCGGGACAGGAAAGGUCGUAAAGCUGACCUCAAGGACUCUAAUGGGAGAGAGGCAGAAACGAUUACCUUCAUCUCUGGUACGGCAGAGGCUCCUGCGACCCGGAGCUUCUGCUGUUCCUCUCUGUCUCACGCCUGGAAAACGUACAAAGCUGUUUUCUGUUGCAUAGUGACCUGUGGGGGCUGCUUUCAGGACUGCAGCGUCUGUAUCCCCUAUCCAGGGCCUGCUGAGACCUCCACCGACGAUGGGAAGAAUGGAGAUUAUAACGGGCGGCUGCCAAACAGCCCUGCCAACGUCUCUCCCACCGAGAAGAACGGGAACCAGAUCAAAAAGUCCCACAUGGGCAGCAGUUUCAGUUACCCAGAUGUCAAAUUGAAGGGCAUCCCUGUCUAUCAGAACAGGAGCCUGGGCCACCAUGUGGAAUCGGAUUCGUGCUUCAAAGAGCUGCUGCCAGAGAAGCCCUUCAGGAAUAGCAUAGAAAAGCCACCGCUCCCCAGCAGCCACCGGAGUUCAGAGGAGUAUUAUUCCUUCCACGAGUCUGACCUGGAUAUCAGUGAGCUGAAUGGCUCCAUGUCCAGCAGGGAGAUCGACGUCCUGAUCUUCAAGAAGCUGACAGAGCUCUUCAGCGUCCACCAGAUCGAUGAGCUGGCCAAGUGCACGUCAGACACUGUCUUCCUGGAGAAGACCAACAAGAUCUCGGACCUCAUCAAUAGCAUAACUCAGGACUACAACCUGGAUGAGCAGGAUGCUGAAUGCAGGCUGGUCCGAGGCAUCAUCCGUAUCAGCACUCGGAAAAGCAGGGUCCGACCCCACAUUUCUGUCCCAGCCAGUCAGAGCCAUGAGGAAAAGAGCAGCAGAGGCAACGCACCAGACAGUGGGAAUGAAACAAUGCUGGAGUCCACGGUCAUCAGCCAAGAUGAUUUGGCCGUGCAGAUAUCAGAGGAGACACCAGCAGAUGUGCUGGCCAGGAAUAUGAGGCGGCACAGCAGCGCAGGCUCUCCAACAAGCAGAGAUUCCUCUUUCCAAGACACAGAGACUGACUCAUCUGGAGCACCUCUGCUUCAGGUGUAUUGUUAAGAAAAGGGACCCAAACAGCAGGCAGGCAUUGCAAGGCUUUGCUGCAGAUUUCUCCUCUUUCCAUACGGAGCAUAUUAUGUCACUUUUUGCCCUCCCCCAAGUCUACCCACAUCCUUUGUUGAAGCCGAAGUUCUCCUGCUGUCUGAGUUUCACUGGGAAUGGUAUUUUCCUGCUUUGGACAAUAUAGAACAUUAAGGAAGUGAAGUGUAGAGCUAAUGCACUUGGGAGGUGGAAUGUGUGCCCAGGGAGGAGGAGAUGGACAAGGAAGUACUCGAUGAUUUUAUUCCCAAUCUCCAUAUUCAGUUUGAGCAAUCUCAGUGACCCAGCUCCUUCCCUGCUUUGAGAACUGCUGUACAUUUCUUGCUUGCUGGCAUUGCAGAAGUUAACCUGGGGAGGGGAUAAUGAGAUGGUGUUUGCCUUAGUGACAGUGCUGAGGUAAAGGCCAGGACCCAGAUCUCUGUGUAAAGAGCCUGGGUUGGUGGUCCCAGAAAUCCAAGCCCUCUGUCUGUGGCAUUGCAGGUCUGCCUUCUUCCUGCAGCCCUUAGUGUUGUUUCCCAAUACCUCGUAAGGAGAAGGUUCAGUUAAUAUGGUUUGUUUCAACUUUGGCCUCUUGGCCCCUCUCCUAAGAUAGUGCCACCUGAAGGGAGGUGAUACCUGAACUGCUGCCCUCCUCAUCUCCCAGCUACUGCCAGCCUGGUGUGAGCUGCACGCAGUGACCUGUGGCUUGCAUGCCAUCUGCUCUCCUCACUCACCACCAAGCCCUGUAUGUUUCCCCAUCGUGCUUGUUGUCAGGCUGGCUGCUGGGUCAGCCCUGGACCGUGGGUUAUGGCAGAUAUGUGAGAUGAUCCCUUUGUUUUUAGGGUAUUUUUUCUAAUGAAGAAUUGAACUGUUUGACCACCCUACCAGAAAACCCCUUCAAAGUGCCUUACUUUGAAUGAAAGCCUCCCUCAAAGAGCAUCUCCAAAGGGCCUGGCAGGAGCUGCUUGAUCCUACGUACCCCCUGUGAGUGCUCAGCACCUCCCUUUUCCUUUGCUCUUCUUUCACAGCCACCUACAGCUGUGGCAUUGCUACCCCAAGGGCACGGAGCCAGGUGACCUUGAGGGCUGCAGCAGGAGGAAGCUGUAUCUUGCUGGUUGUUGCCACUUGGUCGUUUAUCAGAAAGUAAACACGUGAGGCCAUGGGACUUUGUUUAUACGUUCAGAUGCCCUUGGACAUGACUAGAAAACGUUGGGUUGGAUUUCCCAUCAAUGCAGCCACAACUGGUUUCUGGGGAGGGGGAAACCAAGGGAGGUCCUGUGCUUUGGUGCUGUGUUUGUGUGCCUUAAUUGAACUGAAACGUGCCUUAAUUGAACUGAAAUGUGCCUUAAUUGAACUGAAACGUGCCUCGAGUUCAUAGCCUGUGAUUACUCUCCCAAAGGCUGGGUAAGGGGGGAGAGGAUUAAAUUCUUUAGGUAAGCAGUCAAACUUAUUUAAGUGGCCGAAGCCCUUUGAAAUGUACAGUCCUAGUCCCUGUCAGAGCCUGUUUUUGUAAACUGCUCGCGUUUCCCAGCGUGAUUUCAUGAAUCAUGGACAUCACUGAGACCACACCUUGAGACACCGGCCGAGAUAUUGGCAAUACAGGGGUCUGAGACAUUGGUUUGGCAUCCCCUCCUGGUGUUGUCAUCGGUGCUGGCUGUGAAAAACCCUCACUAUGCAAAGGAGAUGCGGAACAAGGACAGCGUGGGGCUCGGAUGGGCUGUUUGGUGACCUUCAGAAUGCUACAUGGACCCACUCAGCUUCCUGCUCCUGAGUGGAUUUAUCCACACCUCCUGGGAUGAGUUUCCUCACACCUGUGCACAGGGGUGGCAAUGUGGCUCAUUCAGCUUGGUGUGCUUUGCUGUAGAGAUGGAGGGUGAGAACGAGCUUACAAAGAGCUGCCAGCUGCUGCUACAGGUGCAAUGGCACUUCUUUAUGUUCAGUCUGUGUAGUGUGAGCAAACGUGUAUGGAUCGAGCUUGCAAAACGCACCCAAAAAGUCAAGUCAUCAAGUGGAACGCUGUCCAUCCGCAGGACCCUGCAGCUGGUGCCUUAUGGGCUUCAUCUCCGUUCCUCACCCUUAACAUCUGAUUCAGUCUAUUUUUUUUUAAUAUAAAGCAGGAGACGUGCUCUUUA